GCCGGAUCAUCCUCCCCGUAUUCUUUCACACACAGAACAGUGGACAAGACAACAAUGUUAAGCAUCUCAAGGCUAAGCUGGAGUACAAAAAGAUAAAAACCCAGGUUCCCAAGCUCUGACAAACAGUACCUUGUGCAGCAUCACUGACUGGUCACUUGUAUCUCCUCCUCCUCCAACCAGAGGCACAGCACUAACUGUACACUUUGUACACGGCGGCUCUAACGCUACAUCAGUUGAUCUACAGAUUAACCAUCCAUCUCCAGCACCAUGUACUGUGCAUUUAUUGUAUUCACGGUGCUUUUGGGCUCUUCAGUGGCGAUUGCAUUUGUCUUACAGCUUUCCGGGGAAGAACCUGCAGCUUCUGCAAACUCUCAUCCCAGGUGCCAGGGUGAGUCAUUGCAGUCUAUCAGGAAGGGUCUCCUCAGGGCCCUGAAUCUGCAGACUGAGCCACGGCUGCCUAACGAUGGGUUGGACCAUGUCGGGCAGCACUGGAGGACCACCUUCAGCAAUAUUGCUCACAGUGCCAGAGAUGCUGCAGUCCUUCCAGCUCCAGCUGUGUCUGGCAGCCCGGAGUCACCUGAUGGUGGAAACACUACGAGCCUGAAGUGCUGUUCCAUGGCCUCUGAGAUCUUCAUGAAAGAUCUGGGAUGGGACAGCUGGGUGAUCCUCCCUGUCAGCGUAACCAUCGUCAGAUGUGCACUCUGCAACCCUGACGGGAAAGUGCAGUGUCCAUCAUCUCACGCCGAUGUCCAGGAUGUAGACUCACAGAUCCAGGUGCCAUGCUGUCAGCCGACCUCACAGCAAAAGGUGCUUGUUGUUUAUGUGGAUGGAUCUGGAACUAUCGCCCUCUCCUCCAUGCAGAUAACCAGCAGCUGCAGCUGUGGACAUGUCAACCUCCUGCAGCCCAGCGGAGAGUAAACUUUGAUUUAUAGUCCCGAGUAUGCGUCAUCUAGGACAAACAAACAAAGCAAUGUGCAGGAUUACUGUUUCUUACCAACAAACUUGCAGAUUUUGUAGACUAGUUCUCUUCAUUCUAGGUGUUAUCUCACAUCCUCAAAGCUUGUAUACAACACUGAGUGUGGGAACCAAACCAUAUUUGAUAUUUGAUAGAAUGAUACAAGUGCCAGCACAGGGAGCAUUAGAAAACCAAUCAGUUUUUAUGUUAGGGUUAAACUUUUGACAUGUGUAAGCCUAAUUACACAUCAAAUAACCUAAAUUUAUAAAUUGAUACUCUAUAUUUCUGCGCCCUUGUAUUUUAUGACAACAAGUUAUUCUAAAUUAAGCUUGGAUAGAUUUUGCCUGGGCAAUAAAAAAAUCUAUUUCUGGCAUUAAGUUUAAGUUUAAGUUAUUUGCACAAGGAGCUGGAUGUAAAGUGAAGCUGACACUAGUGUGUUAAAUGCAGUCUGUUUAUCUUUAAAUAAAUCUCAUGAGCACAGAGAGCUAUUUAAAGCGACUAAAUGCAACAGAGUGUUCCUUUCAGAAAUGUCAGACUGUCGAGAGCCAAAUCCUCUCAAAAGGGGGUUACCGAACGACUGCUUACUCUCAAGGAUUAAAAAAUGUCAAACUUUGUUCCAAUAAAAAAGAUCUAUUUCAUAAUUUGCAGGCAAAGUACUUGGAGAUUAUUGUUUUCAACAGAUAAUCUCCUUGACCCCAAAACAAGUAUGAACAACAUCUGCUCCGUGCUUUCACACCACGCUUCCACUGGCCACGCUCCAAUUUUAUGUUUUAAAUGGCAAAAAGAUUAAAGGAAUAAAUACCUCCCUGUACACCAAAUUUGCCAAAAUUAAACUUCAAUAAUCAAUUCAAUUGUUGUUUGUUAAAUGAGCCAAAUUAAUUAGACUUUUAAACUGAUCAUAUUUACAACGAGGUCUAAGACAUACAAGAAAUUGUGUAUUUAUUCCUCUUGACGUACUUUUGUUUUUCAUUUUAGUGCUUUGCUGUGAUUUGUAACCUUGGCCAGUUAAAUGUUUUUUAUUAAAUGUUUUAGAAAGACCAGAGCUUGGCAGAUUCUUUUCAAUUAUGUACAAUUUUAAAAAAAAGUGUUUUCUUUAGAAACCUCUUGCUAAACCUUUAACAGGUGUCUCAUUGACUAUCUCUUAUUAUUGGUUGCAGUUCUCAAUUGUAGUUUUGUCUUAAAUAUGUUUGACAUAUUUGUGUUGUUUCUUGUUAAAUGCUUUAACUCAAUUUACAAGGUUACCUCACACUUUAUGUUUUUUAAUCAUUUUUCACAAGCGCACACUAACUUCUUAUAUAUAACCUCAUUUAUAUUUACAUCAAAUUCAUUAUGUGUAUCUAUAUCUUUA